UCAGAGUAGAGUAGUUAUGGCGAGAAUGAUCUGGAGAGGAGAAGAAGAAAGAUUUUUCUCCCUCCAAAAUCCUCUUCUUCGUCUCACUAUAAAUUACGAAACGUCUUCAGAUAUUUCACCACUCACAGCAAAAAAAAAAAGAGAAUCUGCAAUCAUUCGAUACCAGCAAAAAAAAAAAAAGAAAAAAAGAUCUAAGAAGAAAUUUGUGGAUCGCUUUGGUGGAUUUUCGUGGUGAUUCUGCUACGACUCGAAUCGGUUCUCUCUGUUAUUUGGAGUUUUGGUUUAAUUGAGGUUGAUCAAAGAUGAUGCCUAUGUACAUGAACUCACCACAAGGAGGAUACUGUUGUUACCAAGGCUUUGGGAGCUAUCCUCAUCACGUGACAGCUGAUGCCUCGUGUGAACAUUGCCCCACUCCGUCGCCUUGUUAUGGAAGCUGCGCUCACGGCAACAACUUUCCUGCCUACACUCCUUACUGGCCUCCUUGCUAUCAUCCCCCACAAGCUCCGUAUCAUUCGUGCUGGGGGAACCAUUCCGGGUUUUAUCCUCACGCUCCUCCUUGUUACGUUCAUCAGCCGUUCCCUGUUGGUUAUCAACAUGGUUUUGAGUCUGAGAAGGAUGUGACUGGGAAGAACCGAUGUACAAAGUGUUCUGCCCCGAAGAAUGGCACUGGUGUUGUUAUUGAAGAGCAUGAGCCUGAGACUGAGAAACGAAGAGACAAUGGAGAGGCUGUUAAUGAUGUCCGUUCCACCAACUAUCCUUAUCCCAUUGUAUGGAUACCUCAUGAGAACGCUAGGAAUCAAGAGCAUGGAAGCCAUAAUCAACCUCCUGCUCAGAUUAAAGCUCCGGAGAGUACGAAGGUGCAGAAAGCUGAUCCUAAGUCUUGGAAUGGUUGUUUCCCAUUAGACGAGAACACCAUCAGGUCGUUGAUUCAAAAUCAAGACAGGAAUAAGCUGCAGAACGGGGAACUACCUUUUGAUAUCAACAAGCUGAAAUCCUUACUGCAGGGUCAGGGACAGGGACAGACCCAGAAGACCAAAGUGCCGGGACAGCUUCAGUAUCCUAUCUUUUGGAUACCUUCUCAGGGGAAAAAGGAAGAUGUUGAAGCUUCUGAGAAAAAGGAGUGUGGUAAGGAAGGGAUUGACUUGGAGUCCGUCUCCUCUGAUCGUUUAAACAACGGUAAAAUCGCCCAAUGCGACAAAGGAAACCUUGAAGGUCUAUCAGAUGCGGUGGAGAAGAGGCUCGUGAGAAACAUCCCGGUGGAGAGUUAUAAAGAACCAACAAGUAUUCCCGAUAAACCGUUAGAAAACCAUCUUCCAGAGCCAACCGAGAAGAUUCUGAAGACAGAGCCAGCUGAGGACACAAGGAAAGAGCAGCGUUCGUCUCCACCAAAAGCAUCUAGGUUGCCUCCGGUUUGUCUGCGUGUUGACCCGUUGCCGAAGAGGAAAAGUGGUGGUUCCAAAUCUCUUAGCCCUCCUAGACGGAAGGAACAAACCUUAAUGUCAGAAGAGACCAAGGUCGCUUCUCCGCUGAGCUCUAAGAAGGUCGAAACAAGGACUAUUCCUGAAUCUUGUAAUGUUAAAUGUGAAGAGGCAAACAAAGAAAAGAAGUCUGAGGAAUGCCUGAAGCCAUCAGGAACAAAUAAAGACUCAGAUUCAACUAAAUCUGAUCUGCAAGGACUGAAAUGUGAGAUCGUUGAACCUUGUGAAACUAAGGAGAAGCCUGCGAAGAAGACCUUUUCAGAAGAGGAAUCUGCUAGAAUUAUCCAGUCUAGAUUCCGCGGAUAUGAUGUGAGAAGAUGGGAGCCGAUUAAGAAAUUGAAGGAGAUAGCCACUGUUCGGAAGCAGAUGAGUGAUGUUAAAAAGCGUGUUCAGGCGCUAGAACUAUCCGCUGAUCAGCACACAGAAGGAAAGGAGAUCGUAGUUCUUGGUGAAAUGGUGAUGAGCCUUCUGUUAAAACUUGAUUCUGUCCAGGGUUUGCAUCCUAGUAUUAGAGAUUAUAGAAAAUCUUUGGCUAGAGAGCUCUCGGACAUGCAGGAGAACAUUGACUCCUUGAAAAAGAGUAGUGUUGAAAAAGUGGCUGUGGAGGAACAAGUGGAUAAUGCCUCACAGUCACAGAUCAGUGAUCCUCUUGUGAACUUGGAGCACCGUCAGCUUGCAGAAGAGAACAAAAUGGUCUCUGAUUCGAAUGCGGAGAAGGUUUGUCCUGCUUCUUCCGAGGAACAUCUUACGAGUCUCAAGAACACCACAGAUGGACAGCUGGUGGCUGAAGCAGAAGAAGUAACUGGGUUGUCUGAAACCUUAGCUACGGAUCCUGAGCCAGCUUCUGAAACAGGCGUAUGUGAAGCGGACUCGACAACCAUUCCAGAGAAAAUUGAAGCGCCUGAGGCUAUGUUACCGAUCAAUCCAUCAUCAGCUGAUGGAAAUAAAAUGACAGUGGCGAACAAGGAGGACAAAGUCAUGGUCAAGAAGUUGGAGGAGCUGUUGCCUGAAUUGCAAGAAGAGGUGGAAACGACCCUUGGCUCGGAAAAUACCUCCGAGGUUUCUGAAACUGUGGCCAACGGUUCUGAUGGCGACAGAAAGACAGACGAUGAUUACGUACUGUCUUCAGAGAAAAUUGAAGCGGUUGAGACUGUUCAACCAGUCAAUACAUCGUCAGCUGAUGCAAAUGAAAUGACAGUGACCAAUAUUGAUGAAGACAAAGCCACGGUGGAGAAAUUGGAGGAUCCCCUGCACGAAUUGCCGCAAGUGGUUGAAGCAACUGGUGGAUCGGGUUUUGAAGGUGACGAAGUCUCUGAAACUGUGGCCAGCGCUCCUGAGAAUGAAGACGGAAAGGGAGAAGACGAUUACGUCUUGCCUUCAGAGGAAAAUGAAGCGGUUGAGACUGUUGUACCAGUCAAUUCAUCUUCAGCUGAUGCGGACGAAAUGACAGUAACCGAUGUUGUCGAAGACCAAGUCAUGGUGGAGAAGCUGGAGGAGCCGCAAGUGGUGGAAACGACAGAUGAACAAGCUUUUGAAGGCCUGGGAAAUGGUACCGAAGUCUCUGAAGCUGUGGCCGACGUGUCUGAGACUGAAGACAGAAAGGGAGACGAUGAUUCCGUAUUGCCUUCAGAGAAAGAUGUGGAACUGUCUGACUUACCUGUUGGAGUGAUUGAUGAUGAAGUGCAGCUUCUUACACAGGAUUCAUUAUCAUCCCCUGGAGAGGAGAAGACUGUUGUGGACACUGAAACAGCGAGCAAGGAGGGGACUAACGUUGACCACUCAUUCACUGGCAUAAGCCAGGAGUCUAAACUUGGGAUGUCAGAAGAAACAAAAAAGCUGAUGGAGGAGAACCAACGCUUCAAGGAAACAGUGGAGACGCUAGUAAAGGCGGGCAGAGAACAACUCGAAGUCAUAUCGAAAUUAACAGGUCGAGUCAAAAGCCUAGAGAAGAAACUGUCACAGAAGAAGAGGACUCAUGUUGGACGUCGAAAACCCAACCGUGGAAAGCAAACAACCAAACCAAUGGCUGCAAGUUGUACUGAUGCCGUAAUGUAAAACAAUUAAUUUUGUGUGUUCUUGUCUCCACAUAUCUUGUAUCCAUCUCUAUAUAAAAGUGUGUGUUUUUGAAA